CUUAGAGACAGCAUCACACAGCAUCCGAACGUCGAAGCGAGAACAUCUCAGCACACUUCUACGCACUCACCACCAGAAAAUAUCUGAACGAAAUUCAUCUAAUGUCGGCCAUCAGCAAGCAGAAGACCCUCAACACCAUGUACAAGUCGAAAGUGUCGCCUUCACGUCGUUUGAAGAAUCUGCUGAAGCCGCUGCUCGGUCAAUUCUUCAACAUGAAGAAGGAGCAGCCCAAGCGGAGCUCCUACAUCGCCUCCGAGGAGAAGGAGGCCGAGUUCGAGUGGCUCAGCAACGAUAUGGACAACAUGGCCAACGAGCAUCUGGAGCAUCGCCUCAUCGAGGAAAUUCGACAGUGCGCCAAGGAAGAUGCCGUCAUCGUUUACAAUGAGAACGGAUCCGGGGAGCUGCACACCAUCGACCAGGAGGAUUACUAUGUGCCAGUGCAUUUUGCCCGCACCAAUGCCGGCACCUUCUUCUGGACAUCGGUGCAACCCAAGGCCUGCGAACCCUAUGCCAUCGAAUGGAACUUCCUGGACCGUUGGGCUCAAGCUUGAACGAAGUAAUCGCCUGGAGCUGCAACUUCAACCUUGAACGAAAAAUGGGUUUUUUCAACUUUCGAUUGGGAUAACUUCAACUGGACUGGAGCUCGGUUCUCCAGCGGGAUGGGUACUCCAGAGUUUGGGCACUUCGACUUUGGGUUCAUCGAUCUUGGACAGCGCUUUGCGGAAUUUCUAACACACUGGAAAUUCCCAAAAAAGCGAUUGGGCAUCCACAGAAUAUUGUGGCGGGAGGUAUUCCAGCAAUUAUUCCUUUUUGCAGUGCAAAAAUGGAUUUCAAUUGUUUGGAUUUUCAAAAUACAUUUGUAAACAAAAACUUAAAAUAAACAUUGAAAACAUA